AUGGGUGUUCCCGCGUUCGUUUCGGUGAAAGCGAUACUGGUUACUUCGGUACUCGUUGCAGGCGCAUACCUCUACAACAAGCUGUACUACAGACGAUUCAGGCAGAAUGCUCACCUUCCUCAGCUUCCGUCGUCUUUGCUCUGGGGCCAUCUACUCCUGUUUCAUAAAUUCACAAAGCAAGGCGCCCCCGACCGUCAUCCUGGUAACCCUGCUGCUGAGAUGCACGAGAAACUGGGCAGACCGCCCAUCAUGCUUCUAGACAACUGGCCCAUCGUCCCCCCCAUGGUUAUCGUUGCCAACCAUGAAGUAGCUGAGCAGAUAUCUCGCCCUUCGGCCGAUUUUCCAUAUAGCGCGAUGAAGUCGCCAUCCGUCGACCGCAUUGUGGAUUUGAUUGGGCCGAAUUCAAUCUUGUUCAAGCAGAAUGAGCGAUGGAAAGCCGUCCGCAAGAGAUUUAACCCCGGAUUCGCACCGCAGCAUUUGAUGACACUUCUGCCUGUAAUCCUUGAGAAGGCGCAGACAUAUGUCAAAAUCCUCGACCACUUUGCCGAAUCAGGGGAGAGCUUUGCGUUGGACCAGCACACAACAAACCUCACAUUUGAUAUCAUCGGUAUCGUGACCAUGGGUGAAGAUAUGAAUGCACAACACGUGGACCCAACGCAACAAGGAGAGCUGAUAAAGAGAUUCAAAGAACUUAUCAAGACAUAUGCGGACGAUAAACUUCAGCUCCCCUGGUGGCUGAUGCCCCGAACCCAUCUAAGACGCCGUCAAAUCGGGCGGCAAAUCACCGAAAGAUUAAAGGCCAUUAUUUCCCGCAACUUUGAAACUACAAAAGCAGAAUUGAACACUGGUCGACCUCGGAGCAUCCUGGCCCUCAGUCUCCAGGACGUGGAAAAACUCACACCCGACAUAUUAGCUGAAACGUGUGACCAACUGAAAACCUUUCUUUUUGCAGGCCAUGAUACUACUAGCAGUCUGAUUUGCUGGACCGUCUAUGAGCUCUCCCGGACUCCGCACGUGCUGAAAGCUGUACGCGAUGAGCUAGAAAGGCUGCUUGGAUAUGAAACUAUACAAGAUCCAGCUGCAAUACAACAGAAGCUUCUUGGUCCCGGAUGUGAUGAGAUCAUACACCAGAUGACAUACAUCUCUGCUGUCCUCAAAGAGGUUCUAAGGGUCUACGCGCCCGCUGGUUCUAUUCGCAUGGCGAAGCCUAAUACGGGAGUAGUCGUUUCCACUUCCCAAGGAGAGUACAAUCUUGAUGGAAACUGGAUUUACCUCAACCAAUACAUCAUGCAUCGGGACCGAGCGGUGUAUGGGGACACGGCAGACGACUUCGUGCCUGAACGUUGGCUCGAGAGCGACGGCUUCCCGCCAAGUGCAUGGAGACCUUUCGAGAGGGGCCCGAGAAACUGCAUUGGGCUGGAGCUUGCGAAUAUUGAAGCGCGCGCCAUCAUUGCGCUCAUAGCUCAUCGGUACGCGUUUGAAAAGGUGGGCAUAGUUCAAUUACCAGUUAUGGGGAAACCUAGUAGUAAAUUUGUCCCUAAAUUGAAGCUAUUUAGCCAUGUUACGACUUGCAAGGCACUUUUUGUGUGUUCUUCGGUCAAACCCGGCUUACUAGCUGGGAGCAACUUCCACGCAGAGCCUAGUUACCCAAUUUCGGGACACAACACAACGAGUGAUUGGGCGAUCAAAUUCUAUUUGCUUGCGAGGAAGUCCCCAGCCUCUCGUGUUGCUAGUACAGCGAGAUGA